CCAAGCGUGUUUGCCUCGCCGCCAGUCGGUAGUGACAUUCGGAGGCUGAAAGACGUAUCCUACCUUUAAAAUCAUGUUGUGUGACAGGAUCUGAUCACGUGUUGUGUGUGUUGUUGUAUUAUUAGCUAGUGUUGGACAAAAUGUAUCUGGGAAAAAUAAAGACCUCAUCUAACAUUGCAUGGCACAGACCGCUGUCGGCGACUUCUCGCCAGGAGGAAGAGUUAAUGCAGAAGUCUGCUCGCGCUCUCAACUCUGCCACCGAUCCGCUGGAGAAGCUGCGUCUGCUCUGCCUUUCGCGAGGAGCCUCCGGCAUACUGGGGCUUGGCAGGAUUUUCCGACGCAUGGAUGACGAUGGCAGUAAGCAAUUGAACCAGGAAGAAUUCAUUAACGGAAUUAAAGAAACGGGAUUAGAACUUAGCCAUGACGAUGCGAUGGAGCUCUUUGAUAGGUUUGACACUGACAAGAGUGGCUCAAUCAGCCUCGAUGAAUUCUUGGUGCACAUUCGCCCUCCGAUGUCCGAUUCUCGGCGCGCUAUAGUGGAGCAAGCGUUUAAGAAGCUAGACAAGACCGGCGACGGAGUUAUCACCGUAGAGGACAUUCGGGGAGUAUAUGCUGUCACGUCCCAUCCCAGGUACAUGAGUGGCGAAGAAACAGCCGAUCUCAUUUUGAACAAAUUCCUCGCCAACUUUGAGUCUGAAGGAUCUGUGGACGGAAAAGUGACGUUGGAGGAGUUCAUGAACUACUACAGCGGGAUCAGCGUGUCCAUCGACAACGACUGUUACUUCGACCUUAUGAUGCGUCAAGCUUACAAGUUGUAAGCCCUCAGACCUCCGAAAGUACGGACACCACUCCAUGUACAUCAAUCACCUUGACGCAAUUGAUUUUCAAAAUAAAACUCGGUCAUAUGUUGUCUAAUUUUCUAUAGAAUCAAUUUGAUUGUGGAAUCAACCUCAGUUUGUUUUGUAAAAAUAUUUUCGUCUGUAAUAGCAUAAUGAAAAAAGUGUCAUACAAGCUGAAGCAAAGCUUUGAAGAAAUCUGUAUUAUGUUUUCCUGGGUUUCGUGGUUACUGAGAACACGUAUUUGCAAAUCCGUCCAUUUUAAACCGACUUUAAAAAAGGAGGUGGUUUUUAAAUAAAUACUUUAUUUGUCGAAUUGAUGAGAAAUGCUUUAUGCUUGGCUUUGGACUUCAGUUCUUCUGCCGAAAUCCACUACCAUUUCCUUGUAACUUAAAGUCGAUUCUCAGUACUUGUGUUAUUUUAAAGAUAUCAGUGUCUCGUACUUUCUUGUAUUCUUGUUUUGUAUUACCCUUAACUCAGCACCACCAUCACUCCUAAAAGCCAUUUUGGCUUUCUUGUGUACACUUUUAUUUCUAAAGUUAAUUUAAUACAGUAUUAUAUUUUUAUUUAAUAAAUUCUUAUCCUGUGGUAUGAUAUUUAUGUUGAUUUCAUUAAAUUAUUUUGAUUUUUA